GGGGCCGGGCCGGCGCGUCGCCUUGCUGGGGCCGAGCCGCCGGAGGAGGUCGGGCCGCGCCGCGCGCUAUGAUCGGCACCGUGCUGUGCUACGUGCUGCUGCCGGCGGUACGGCUUCUCCGGGCCCUGCGAGAUGCUCUCUUUACCUGUCAAAAGAAUGUGCUUCUGGCGAAGAGCACGUCCACCCAGAUAGAAGGUAUCUUUGCUGCAACUAGAGGAGAGUUGGUCCAAGAAGAGCAAGAAGCCCUGCUCCAGCAGUGGCUGGAGGAAGGAGCGGGGAGUUCAUCAGCCAGUGACAGUGCUCCAGUAGUGGGAAACGUAUCGGCUACAUCCACCAGCGCCUGGUUAGAAGGUUCAGAGCUAUUGAUGAGUAGCCUUAGCGACCUGAAUUCAGCUCCAGAAGUCGUGUGGUGUGCCAGUCAGCAGCUCACGGAGCUAUGUGCCUUGACUUCUUCAGAGCCGCAAGAUCACGCAGUGACUAAACUGGAAAAAAUACCAACAGAGGACACAGUGGCGGUAGUAGGCAGCACACCUUGGGCAGCUCUGGUGCCACAGGUGGAUCACCAGAUAGCCGGCUGUGCCGCUAUCAGUGUAGAAGGGCUGAAUGAAGACCCAGCGGUGUUGGCAUGGAGUUUAGCGGGUGGCACAGAGAUGGUGCCAACAGAGCCCCCUGCCUGGCCUGCUCAGGAUGCUGUGCAGUUUUGUCCUCUCCCGGCAGAAAUACCCUACCAUGAGAUUUUAUGGAGAGACUGGGAGGAUCUUACUGUCCAGCCUUGUGAGCUAGAACUGGGCUCAAAAAAAAAUCCUCUCUUUGAAUUUCGUGUCAUGUCUUACAACAUCCUUGCCCAGGACCUGGUGGAACAGGGCCAUGGUCUUUACCUGCACUGUCAUCCAGACAUCCUGAACUGGGACUACCGCCUUCCAAAUAUUUUGCAGGAGAUCCAGCAUUGGGACCCUGAUGUUCUGUGUCUGCAGGAGGUGCAAGACAACCAUUACAGGGAGCAGCUAGAACCAACGCUCGCGAAGAUGGGCUUUGCUUGCUUCUAUAAACGGAGGACUGGGAGGAAGACUGAUGGCUGCGCAGUGUGCUAUAAGCAAAGCAGAUUCCAGCUGAUCACCGUCAGCCCCAUCGAGUAUUUCCGGCCUGGCCUAGAUGUCCUCAAUCGGGAUAAUGUGGGUUUGGUGCUUCUGCUGCAGCCCCUGCUCCCAGAGGGUCUUGAUCUGAAGGCAGUCAGUCCUUUGUGCAUCGCCAACACACACGUGUUGUUCAAUCCCCGUCGGGGAGAUAUCAAACUUGCGCAGAUGGCCUUGCUCCUAGCAGAGAUUGACAAGAUUGCAAAAACUGCUGAAGGUCAGUACUAUCCUGUCAUCUUGUGUGGCGACCUGAACUCUGUACCUGACUCUCCGCUUUACACAUUCAUCCGGAAUGGUGAACUUUUCUACCAGGGAUUGCCAGCCUGGAAGGUGUCUGGUCAGGAAGACCUUUCCCAACAGCUGCAUUGUCGGAAACUGCUGUCCCCGCUGUGGCCGAGCUCACUGGGUGUAACAGACAAUUGCCAAUAUGUUUCUGUGUGCCAGCCAAAGAAAAAGGGCCGACGUAAGUACAGCCGGGACUUCCUGCUCCAGUUCCAGUUUUGUGAUGUUGCCUGUGAACGACCACCAGAGCUGGUCUUCUUGGAAGGUGUGACAGAUGCUAAACCAGACCCCCCUCCAUACUGGCCCAAGCACACUGCUCCAGUGAAUGACCCUGAUCUCCAGACGUUCAUCCCAAGAUCUGCAGGCAUUAUCCAGCACGGCCUCAACCUGACCUCUGUCUACAACCAUUUCCUGCCACAGAGGGGACGUCCGGAGGUCACAACCAUGCCCAUGGGGAUCGGCGCCACUGUUGAUUAUAUCUUCUACUCAGCAGAGCCUGUGAUGCAUGGAGACAGAGGGGGUCGCAGGCUGUACCGAGAUGGAGUCCUAAAGCUGCUUGGCCGCCUUUCCCUUCUCUCUGAAGAUGUCCUGUUGCUGGCAAAUGGCUUACCAAAUCCGUUUUGUUCAUCUGAUCAUCUCUGCCUGCUGGCUAGCUUUGGCUUGGAGAUCUCCAGCCUCUGAGAGGGUUAGUGUUGGUUCCCCUUUGCCUAAAGAAAAUAUAUUCUGAAUAUAGCAGUUUGAGACUCUGGAUUUACAACCAGCUUGCAAGAGAACUCUUUUAUUUGAUGUGCCCAAAGAGUCCCUUUCUGCCCUCGUGCCCUCACAAAAAAAUAGGGAUGAGUCAGUUGGAGCCCUUUCUGUUGGUAUUUUGUGGGUCUCUGCAAACCUGUGUUUCCACACAGUUGUGUUCAAGCGUUAUCAUCUCCUAAAGGGAUCCUUGUUCAACAGCUUAAUUUAGAGUGCUGCAGGAACCAACCUUACUCCUAUGUUUGUCCCUUGGUAAGAUCUUCAAGGACCUGGGAAAUACAGAUGGAUUGCUGUCUGCUUCUGGCUACCAAGCAGCAGGGCAUAUGUACACCAAUAUUCUUUCACAACAAAACAAUGUCUCUUUUAAUUCUGAAUGAUAGUUUAUGAAGCAUGGUCUUUAAGAAUGUGGUGUUGCUUUUGAGAGUGGAUCUGGUGUUUAGAAAUAGGUUUUUCUUAAUAAUGGUAGGGGCUGUGUUGCUGGCAGAAGAGCUUGUGUACUUGAGUAUUUUCAACAAGAUCAUCCCACUGAAUGUUAUGUGAAGAAAAUUGUCUGGUAAGGCACGACAACCCCAGAGCCUGUAUCUCUGGAGGCUCUUAAAAGAGAGAUAAAAAUUGGAAGUGUGUUAGAGGAAGCAGAAACGUCAAAUGUGACAGUUGAAGGUAUUCUGAAUGCCCCUACCCUUCCUCUGUGUCUUCUCAAUUCCGUUUUACUUCUCAGGGGACAAAGAGCCAACUGGUAGCAGCCUGCUGGGCCAGGUUAUGGGCUCUCUGGAGCUAGCCAUGCUUAGGUAGGUAGGACACAUAGGACUGGCUCUUGUCCCUUUACAGAUGAUGGGAGGGAGGGGAAGGCUGUUUCCUUGGAGGCAGGAUUGUCAGUCUCUUGUUGUCCACUUAGUUUUCUCAGCUUAUACAGUACAAAAAUACCCCCAAAACUGUACCCGGCCCUGAGGCACAUUGCCUUGAUUACCCUCAUCUUUGGUGCUCGGUUUUGCUAUGAGAGAGGAAAGCAAUAUUGGACAAACAUUUCUAACCUUCUGUUCACAAACAAGGCACAGAAAUCUUGUCCUGCCUCAGGAUUUUUGAGAGGGUAUAAAAAGACUUGAAAUAUCAUUUGCUCUUUCUGUGUUCUACUGGGGGAUUUACGUAUUUUAAAUGUUACUUUCUUUAUUGAAAAAUAAAUUUUUUCUAAUUUCAUGAAAAAUGCAAAGUAACUGCAGCACCUCGUGCUCCCGGCAGCUGAACCCUUAGAGGAGUUGUUCAACAAGGCUUUGCUGGCUGGGAUGUGAAAGAGGCAAAUGUGGAUUAGCUACCCAGGAUAGUAGUGAUGAAGGAUAAAGAGGGGGGAAAGGUGUGUCCAGCUGUUGUCUCUCAUCACUUCCUCACAUCCCAGAGGUCAGUUUGGCAUCAGAGUUUAUCUUGCAAAAUGGUUUUGGGAACCGUCUCCCUCUUUCCAAGGAAGCAAAUACUGUUGAUCUUGUACAGCUUAUUUCUGUGCACUGUACAAAAGAUAUGGGUUGUGCGCUCUGUUCUGACCCCAUACAAUUGUUAAGAACUGUGCAUCCCCUUCUUGCCCCUGCUGUGUGGUGUUGUAUUUGCCUGGUGAUGUGUGGAUGACUUUUGCUACCCUCGCUUGGAUAAUACAUGUAAAGAGUCUACGUAAGUGAGCAGGAAUGUGCAGGUAAAGAAGUCUGCAGCUUUGUUCACCCUAAAUUUCAAAGGUAAUUGUUCUGGUAUGUAAUGGGGGAGGGAUGCAGAGCUGUGUAUUUCUGCACAUGUUUUUUCUCAGAGUUGCUCUAAUUUCUUCAAGUAUCUAACUCUGAUUUUGUAAUUGGUUUUAUUUGUACAAGGGGGAGAGAAAACAGAAAUCCGUGCAACUGAGAGCUUUAUUUUUCUGCCAGGCUUUCUGUAGGUUGCCAGAUAGCUGUCUGGUUACAGGUAACUCCCACCAGCUGGUAACCUUGUAAAGGAAAACUUGAGACAUUGAAUGAUUAAAAGCAACCAACCAAAAGCAAAACAAAAAACACUGUGACAUGUAGGACUGUUACUUAACACUGUGACUGUUUGCUUUGGUUGCAGCUGCUGGCCCAGGCAGUUAAUGAUGGUGUGUGUGUGUGUAUGUGUGGGUCAAUAUCUUCCUGACCCUUUGCCACUUUCCACUCAGACCCACAAGCUGUGCACAGUUCCCUGUCAGGUAAGCUGCUUGUCCAAGCAUUAUUGCAACUUCUGUGAUGUAGCUGAGCUUCAACAUCACAUAUACUUCUUCUAUUUCAUUUAAGCCAAAGACUUGACUUUUCUUUUGGGAAACUUGCAUGAACACAUCUCUCAGGGAGGUUUUAAGUUCCAGCUGUUUUGCUGGAGAAUCUGUUUCACAGGUCAACCUAACACUUUGUUUUUCAGUAUAUGUGAAAUUGUAUGGUACAGACUUGGAAUACUUAAUUUGCUAAACACUGUGGAUAUGGAAUCAAGUGCUUAGAAACCCCUGGACGAUGCCCACAAAUCUUCUGCUUCUCUCGGAAGGAUCCCAGCAUCCUGCAGCUCACAUAGCCUCGGCUCACACAUUUUCUUGGGCAUUCAUAGAUUAAACUGUUUCAGAAAUGCAGCUCUAAUAGUUGAUUGCUGUGGUUGUUUUGAGCACUGUUCCUUAAGCUCUGGUAUAGACUACUACAGACUUGGCCUGUUUCAGGAAAGAAAAAGUCCAGUUCUAGAGCAAUUCAGAGUUAACAUCAAAUGGAUCUGGAAACCUUUGAACGCCUCUUGAUGUUGGAGGCUGUAGGCAAAGUUUGUAGAUGGGAUAGAUGGAAAUAGUCCCUGCCACUAACACAGCAACUAGGGGAAAACAGUGCAUUCUCUGAUGCUUUGAGAAUAUCACAUAGUGAUAUAAUAAGAGACUGGUAAUCAGCAACUUGUGAUUGCAAGCAGAAUUAAGGUUCCAGAUGUAGCUCUUAACACUGUUUUUUGACUGAAAUGUGUAACUAGUUGUCAUUUGCAUAGUUUUCUGAUACAGAGAAGCCUGUAAAUAGUGAUGGAGGGGGAAAAGGAAUAUCUGCUACAGCCAGAAGAAGGAAGUAGACAACCUAUGUCAUCUUCGUGGUAGUGGUGUAGAGCUCAGGGAGGUUGGUACUUAUGGAAAGGGAUGCCAGAGAGAACUGGCAGUGUGUGUAAAUAUCCUGUUAUGUCCUAAGCUGCAGGAACGUGCAGCUGUAGAGGCAAACACAGUUUUAACAACAGCUUAGACUGCACCACAGCUGCGAGGCUGUAUUUAAUUAUGCCAUUUAGAUAGAAAUUGGACUUCCUUCUCUUUCUCGGUCUGAAGUUUAUCACUUUGGGAAGAUGCCCUUUGUAAUCAGUUCUUCCAAAAUAUAUGGGAUAGGAGGAGUAACAAACAGUGUAAUUUCUCUAAUUUCUGUGUUUUUGUCGGAAAGUGAGCCUUGGCUGCUGCUUGAGGUCUUAUUUUCCUGUGUCUUUUUCUUGUGAGGUAUCUUUACAACAGCUGUUUUCCCAUGACACUGGAUGUAAGAUCCAGUUAUCUUUUAAAGUUACUGAUGUUUAUUUUUUUUCAGCGGUAUUUUUUUCACUUAGAAGCUAUGGGAGAAUUAUUUAGGGCUAAGUUAAAUUAAAUACUCAGUAUUUUAAUAGUGUCAAGCUGUAAAUGGCUUCCUCAUCCCUUAUCUGAAAAGUUCAGUGGGAGGAGUGGGAGCUCUGAAACCAACACUUAGAUCAGAGUAACUCUUGUUAAAUAAAAACAGAAAGUUCAAGAUUUACCGUUAGUGCCCUGUAUGCAGCCCUGUAUGCCUCGUAAGGCACGAGAAAAUAGAGGGCCUUCGUCCCUCUCCUUUAAAGUCUCUUAGAGGACCUGAGAAAAGAUGAGCAUCUCAGAGAUGCUCUUUUAAGGACAGAUCAAGGCUGCUUUAUGCUCCUCCUGAUUUUGAGUGAUGCUCUUAGUUAGCACUUUGCAGAUCAGGGCUCUGCUAGAGUGCAAUUUCUCCUCUCAGUCUUUACCAUCUUACUAAUGAAUGUUUGCUGUAUGUACUGUUAGGACUUUGCAGAUAGCCAGUGUUCAUCCAAAUACUGAUACUUCCAUUAGGCUUCCUAUUGUGCAAGUUAAUUGAAUUGCUGGACCACCUCUGUGCCUGACUGCAGCUGCUUGGAUUGUAGUGUUUUUCAUAGCUCUGUCACUGAGAUGCAAAAAGGUGGACGAUCGCUGCCAUUGAAAGUACUGCAUGAUGUAUUGAAGCCUGAUCCUGAGUUUCUUUCUAUAGAGAACUCGCCUGCUAUAACAAUAACAGGUACCUGACUGAACAGCCGGCAUUCUUCAAGUUCUUUGCUUUAGUCAAUUGUAUGAGCUUGACUUCUGCUAAGUUGAGCUUUCUGCCACUUUCCACUGAAAAGAAGUUUCUAGUCUGGGAAGUCUUUCCUCUUUAUUUGUUUACUUCAUAUCUAUCUGCACAUUCUUGUGCUCUAAGGGAAUAGGAAUGCCGUAUAGUGGAGCCGGAAAAUUUUUCCUAACUGUAGUUAGACAAACACAGCAACUUUUAAGGUGCUGAGGUGGCAAUGAGCAAAAAAAACUGAACUAGAAGUUGGCAUGCACCAGAACCAAAGAUGCGUUUGUUCCAUCCAGUCUUUCCUUUUACACACAAAAAAAGACUUAGCAUCAAGCCUUGUUUUUCUUUUAAGUCAGCAGUAAGUCUGAUAGUCUGCUGCCUUCUCCAGCAGUCUUAAGUAUAUUCAUGUACUGAACGCUUUCAAGAGCUGCUCCUGAACUGGAAACUGGAUGCAGCCCGCAACCACCACCACCAAAACAAAACAAAACAAAACCUCACUGUAGGUGUCAAGAGUUUAUUGCUGCCAAAAUGAAAAUACAAAUCAGGAAAUCCAACUUAACUAAAUUAAUUGAAGCUUCUAAUGGCCUGCUAGCCAAAGUAUGUCAUAUGCCUUUCCAUAAUCCUGCAGUCCCUGUACAUAUGGUUCUUCUGGGCUUAUUUCUGGUUUCUCAUGGAUUUCUGCAUGCUUCUGUGCAUGUGAGAUCCUUGAAUUUGCAGUCUUGGGCUUCUCACUAGUAGCUGGCAGUGCUUUUUGGUGGUGCUGUUUUAUUAUUUUUAAUUAGUGCUUUUAACUGCUUUUCCCAACAAAGGUUUUUCACUGAUGUCCAAGUAGGGUAAUCUCUGAUUUUAAAACCUAGAAUUGCAGGAACUCUCUUAUCAGGGAAAUAGCCUGAUAAAAGUGUUAGCAGAAAGUCUUACAAACACGUGAAGUUGAGGUUUAUAGAAGUUGCAAUGCUUAAUAAUUUUUUGCUAUUAUUAAACGUGUAAAGAUCAGUAACAGAGCAUGGAGAAAGAACCUUUCUGCUGUGGCUGAAGUCUGUCAUCUCCUGGGCUUGGACACAGACCGUAAAGUCAUAUGAUGGUACUAUGCAACUACUUCCCCUUGAGAGAGAAAUUGUGUUAUUUGUAUAAUUAACUUAGCAAAGAGGGACUACUGCAUGUGCCAUACUUAGGAGUGACAGGGUAGGGGAUGUUUAUUGCUUUCUUCUGCAGUUGCAUAUGCUGUAAGCUUGCUUGCAUACAUCCUUAUUACUCAUUUCCCUAGAGAAGGGGUAUGUUAUGCCUGAAAGAUGAUAGCCUGAAUAAAGUUGGAUCCCACGUGCUGGGGAAAUGCA